CGCCACCAUCGUCAUCAUCAGGCGUCUCCCUCACAACCAAAACAAUCAUGGCCUCGGCGCUGGAGCAUUUCGUUAACAAUGUCACGUCUCUUUCUUCUCAAGGCAACUACAGUGAAGUCGUCAAGUAUGUCAGCAAGAGCACAGAGGUGUUGGCGAAGAACGUGGCACACCUCGACACAGUCCUGGCCACGCUGCAGCCCCAGAGCCACUCCCUGGGGGCCGUGGCGGUGCUGUGCGUGCGGCUGCAGAACACCUCCCACACCGACGCCAACAUUGACACGCUGCAUGCCACGGUAGCGGAGUUCAUCAACGUGUGCAGCGAGGAGCAGAUUAAGUACGCGCCGGAUAUGAUGGCAGACAUGUGCGGCAGCUACGCAGAUCUCCUGGUGGCCGGGAACUGUGCGAUGCGUGGGAUUGAGGUCCUGAGCAUGGCCAUUCUCAAGACACAAGAGUCCCCGCUCCACCUCACCUCCAUCCACGCACACCUGGUCCACCUGUGCCUUGAGUCGAAGUGCUUCAAACCGGCGCUCAGAUUCAUGGAUGUGGACAUUAUGGAUAUUAGUAAAGAGCGCGGUAACUACGACGUGAAGCACUUCCUCCUCUACUACUACUACGGCGGUAUGAUCUACACAGCCGUCAAGAAGUACGAGCGCGCGCAGUACUUCUUCAGGGUCUGCAUCACCACCCCAGCGCUGGCCGUCUCCCACAUCAUGCUGGAGGCCUUUAAGAAAUACAUACUCGUCUCGCUUAUACUGGAAGGAAAGAUCGGCAAAAUCCCCAAGUACGCGUCGCUGGUGGUAACGCGAUUCAUCAAGCCACUAAGCCAGGCGUACUGGGACCUGGGCACGGCCUUCGCCACUAACUGCCCAGAGAAGGUGUGCGCCGUCAUCACCAAGAACCAGGAGACCUUCACCGGUGACCAGAACAUGGGCCUGGUGAAGCAGUGCCUGAGUGCGCUGUACAAGAAGAACAUUCAGAGGCUUACGCGCACCUUCCUCACACUCUCCCUCGCUGAUGUGGCCAACCGUGUACAGCUGUCCACGCCCCAAGAGGCACAGAAGUACAUCCUCAACAUGAUUGACGACGGAGAGAUUCACGCCAGCAUCAACCAGCGCGACGGGAUGGUGGUGUUUCUGGAUAACCCUGAGAAGUACAACUCACCGACGAUGAUGGCGCAGCUUGACAAGGAGAUGCAGCUGUGUAUGGAGGUAGAGAGGCGGUUGCAGGCCAUGGAGGAGGAGAUCGUGGUCAACCCGCAGUAUGUACAGAAGGUGGUUGGGCCACAGGACGAUGAGGGGCCGUCACAAUCCUCCGCGCAGUCCUCCUCCUCCUCCUCAUUCUCCAUCGUCUCCUCCAUGUGAUGUGACGAGGGCUAGGAGGAGAAGGGAGAGGAAGAAGGGAGGAUGGAUGAAGAGAAGGGAGAAUGAGAAGAUAAAGGAGAAGAAUGUGAGUUAGAGAAGAAAGAAGAAGAGAUGAGAGAAGAAGAUGAAGAAGAGAACGGAAGGCAAAGGAAGAAAAGAAGUUGAAGGAGGAGAUGAGAGAAAAUGAGAAAAAAAAGUGGAAAAGAAGAGAAAGAGAAGGAAGUGGAAAAGAAAAAGGAAGAAAAAGUAGAAGAAAGACGUUGAAAGGGAGAGAAGGAAGGUGUAGAUGCAGUAUUUUUUUCUUAUUUUUUUUUUUUAGAUGACGAUGAUGGGAUGGGUGACGUGUGUGUGUUAGUUUGUUUGUUUUCAGUCUAUCGUCGUUUUUGUCUUCUAUUAUUCUUUUUUUCUUCUUUUUUUCUUUCUUGUCUUCAUUUUUCUUUUUCUUUUUCUUCAUUGUCUUCAUUUUUUCUUUUCUUUUUCUUCUUUCUUGUCUUAAUUUUUUUCUUCUUUUUUUCUUCUUUCUUUGUUGUUGUUUUCUUUCUUGCUUCCUUUUUGUCUUCUUUUUUGGGGGAUCUUUUCUUUUUCUUUUUAUUUAUUUUCUUUUUCUUCAUUUUUUCUCUUCUUAUUUUCCUUCAUCUUUUCUUCCUCUUUAUUUCCUUUUCUUUCUUAUUUUCAUUUGUUUUCCUCUUUUCUUUGUUUCCUGUUCUUAUUUUCUUCCUGUAAUUUAUUUUCUUUAUUUUAUUUUUUUUUUUUUUUAUAAUUCUUGGGGGAGGAAAAAAAUGUGUAUGAAAUGAAACAGAUUUAAACACACACACACACACACACACACACACACACACACACACACACACACACACACGACCACUUAUAAUAUCUCCACCACUUUAUGUAUGUAACCACCACCACCACCACCACUACUACUACUACUACUACUACUACUACUACUACUACUACUACUACUACUACUACUACUACUACUACUACUACUACUACUACUACUACUACUACUACUACUACUGUUACUACCACUAAUGCAAUCUACCACCACCACCACUACCACUACCACCACCAUUUCUACUACUACUACUACUACUACGACUAUGACUACCACCACCACCACCACUACCACCUUUACUACUACUACCACUACUAUCGUCGCAAUCUGUGGAGUAAAAUUAUUAUUAUUAUUAACAUUAUUAUUAUUAUUAUUAUUAUUAAAGAUAUUGAAAGACCA